AUGCGAAAAAGAAGGAGGAAUAACCGCACCCAGCAUGGCGCAUUCACAGAAUACGACGAAGAUGCAACUGCUGGCCUAUUGGACGAUCAUUGGGGCCAAUCAGAAUCACGUCUCGGGCGAUAUCAUAGCUACUCAUCCACAAGAGAAUGGGAAGUUGAUACAACAGGCCUAUACGAUGGACACGCAAAGAUUCGACCGGCUACAUUCCGUCAAUGCAUUGGCAGUCAUACGGAUUGGGUGAAUGAGAUCUUACUGUGUAAUCAAAAUCAAACCGUUGUGUCCGCAUCAUCAGAUGGCAAUGUGAACAUUUGGAAUCCUCACGAUAAACAAAGUUCAAUGACACCUCAGAUAUUGGGAACACACAAAGAUUACGUUCGUGCCUUGACUCUCGCAAAAAAUGCAAAUUGGGUUGCGAGUGGAUCAUUCGACAAAACAAUCAAGUUGUGGGACAUAGGAGAAGUACGCCAUUCUCCGAUCAUUACCCUUCCAGAGUCCUCUGUCAAAUCGUCCAUAUAUACGCUUUCAACGAAUAACGCAGGAACGGUAAUGGCAGGCGGCAGCCCUGAGAGGGUGAUUCGGGUGUGGGAUCCUCGAUCGGGAGAUCAGGUUUCUCAAUUGGUCGGACACACAGACACUGUUCGUAAGGUAGUCAUGAGCGAAGAUGGUUCCCACAUGCUGAGUGCAUCAUCAGAUAGUACGAUCAAAUUAUGGUCCCUAGGAGAGCAAAGAUGUUUGCAUACUUUCACCCAUCACACCGAUAGUGUAUGGUCAUUAUUCAGCGAUCACCCCAGACUGGAUAUUUUCUAUUCUGGUGAUCGCAGCGGUUUGAUCUGUAAAGUGGAUUGGGAAAGAUGCAAUGAGGUAUCGGAAGGCGAAUGUGUUGUUUUGGCAAAAGAUGCAGAUGUGGAUGACGAAUACAAGUUUGCAUCGGAGUCAAACGCAACCGGUAUACAUAGCCUCGUUACAACCGAUGACAGCUUUGUCUGGUCUGCUAAUGCAAACGGGAAGAUCAACAGAUGGCUCGAUAUUGCGUCCAAAUCUGCCAGAGAAGCAAUUUACCCCGUCUCUUUCGGUGCCUCUCCAUCCUUGAAGAGCUCGUUAACGCAUUCUCCAGAUAUCAAUCAAGAUACGACGCAGACUGCUUCUUCUUCCGUUGAUAGAUUGUAUGGAAUACCAUUCGAUUCGCUGGUAUGUCUUGCACCCCCAAAUGAUCCUUACGGCGCUGCAAUUGGUCUUGGAAGCAUAAGUAUGCGAGCUACCAGUCAGGCAGCAACGCCUCAUGAGACAGACACGAUCUUCACUUCAGCUAGCUUGAUCUCAAUCCCGUCAGUUUUACGUCAGCAAAGUCAAGUUCAAACCAUUGCGGGACGCUCUGAAGAUCAUUCUUAUGAUACUGCACCGAAUGCUUCCAUGCAGCAGCAACAUCAAUACCCAACUUUGGAAGCUCGACUAGCAUUCGAGGAGAGAGGAUUGGCCAUCGAUGCAGUCCCGCUGCGGGACGCACCUCAAGAUGUGAUUCAUGGAACCUAUGGCUUGAUCCGGUCUACCUUGUUGAAUGAUCGUAGACAUUGUCUCACGAUUGAUGCGGCAGGUUUGACGUAUUUAUGGGACAUCGUUGCCGGUCAAUGUCUAGGUGCUUAUACAUGGUCUGACUUAAAGAGUGCUGCAAAGGAGAAUGAUCUUUGUACCGAACUGUUGCCUGGAGAUGCGCUAGAUGUGAUCAAGGGACGAAUUCAAGGCCAUAGUGCAGCACCGAUAUGGUGCACUGUGGAUACAAAAAUUGGCGCAUUGAGUGUUCACCUGGAACAUCCAAGAUGCUUCGAUUCGGAGAUUUACCUGGACGAAUCUGAAGAACUCUUUCGUCAAUCGGAUCCUUACUUUACCUACAAGGAAGAUCAGAGGGUAAAUAAAGGUAGGAUGAUUUUGAAGAAUCUCUUUACCGGAUUUGUGGAACAAGAAACUCGAUUACGACUGGACAAAAAUGCGAUCCUACCGAAUUCAUUGUUGGCUCUAGAGCGAAAAAACGGAGUUGAAAAGUUCCUGAAAGAGGGCGACAAGGAGGGAUCACGGGUGAAUGGUCUGGACGCAUCUGGAAGGAGGAUUGCUCUUGCUGUUGGACCCAAGACGCCAGCGAUUCUUCCCAUUCAAAGUCCUCUGUCUCCUACGAAUACGCAUCAUCUAGGUGAGCUUCAACGUUUGAUGUUGAACAAGCAUGCGAAUCAAAGUUCCGACGCCACUGCUCACGGAGCAGCGAUCGGCGACUACUUUUCUAUUCAGCGAGGUACAGAUCAUCCAGGAAGUGCUGCGCAAACGCCAGUAGUAUCGAAAGGUAUGGAAUCUCCUGUGACGCCGGGAAUAUCGGCUGUUAGUCCUGGAAGCGGUGGCUUUAUGGGUAAAUUGAGGAUGGGAUUGCGCAGAGAAGGAACCGUUUCCAAAAAGCCUCCGAAAACGCCAACGGGAGCUGGAAAGCAUGAUUUCCACAGUGCUUCAAAAGAAACAGAAAAUGGAAAUACAAACGGACCCAACGACCACCAAGAUGAAAUCCCGGUAAUUCAUUAUCCUGCAGAAACAGCUCUCAUCAUUUCUGAAUCCGCUCACGAUUCUGGAAGCUUUCAGACAAAGUACAGAGGAUUGGUCGGGAAGACACAAGAAGAUGUUGUCACACUGGAAUUGCAAUCACCGAUAUGGUUGUUGGAAAACCUUUUCGAUUAUAAAGAUGCAUCUGGCGUUGCUUCUUAUGAUGUACUGCGGGAAAAAGAUAAGUUGACGUUCAUCCUUGUACCGUGGGAAGAUUCUUCAAAAAACAAGCUUCCCGCAAUGCCGACUGGAAAUUCUCGUCUCACGGCUACAAGAAUGUUACGAGCAAAGAAAGCAUGUGCAUAUGUAGCGGAUAAGCUCCAUCUGAUCGAAAUUAGCCAAGAUGAAGAAAACACAGCUGGUGGAAGUGGUUUUGGAAACACUUUGAAGAGUGUAGGCUGGGUAAUGCCUCAUGGCUCCUCACCUCAUGAUUAUUUGGAGUUGCUCUGUAAAGACCAAAUCAUUCCUCCGACUAUGACUCUAGCUCAGAUUCAUCGUUUCAUCUGGAAAAGCGGAGCAGCGAUCAAGUUGGAGUAUCGUUGGCGGUCAGGGAUCCCACAAAUAGACACAGAAGAGGAGGAAAGAAGGGAAAAUUAG